UACUUUGCUCAUGCAAGUUCUAUUUCUAUUUAUUUUACUUUUACAGACACGCGUCAGGCAAAGUUCACUACAUAAAAGCGCGAGAUCAACAGCUAAUCGUCAGAAACAUUAAAUGAGUGAGGUUAUUGACAUCUUAUAAGCAUGGCCGAAGUGAUACCCCCAAACGCUCCUGAACAUUGUCCGGGCACUCAGAGUACCGACGCCGGCAAAGUGUCAGCCUGUGCAGGUUGCCCUAAUCAACAAGUCUGUUCCUCCGGUGCAACUAAGGCAGUCGACCCCGGCAUACAGCUGGUGAAGGAUCGUUUAGAAGCAGUAAAACACAAAAUUUUGAUAUUGUCUGGUAAAGGAGGUGUCGGUAAAAGCACACUAACUGCUCUGCUCAGUCGUGGAAUUGCGCAACGUAACUCUGAAUUAAAUGUUGCCGUUUUAGAUAUUGACAUUUGUGGACCAUCGCAACCGAGAGUUUUAGGUGUAAAUGGCGAACAAGUGCACCAAUCGGGGUCGGGAUGGUCACCAGUGUACGUUGAGGACAACUUAUCCGUCAUGUCCAUUGGAUUUCUCUUGUCUUCCGUUGAUGACGCAAUCAUAUGGAGAGGACCCAAGAAAAAUGGAAUGAUUCGUCAAUUUUUAAGCGAAGUUGAUUGGGGAAAUCUCGACUACCUCCUUAUGGAUACACCCCCAGGUACGUCUGACGAACACUUAUCAGCUGCAACAUACUUGGCCAAGGCCGGUCUAACAGGCGCGAUCAUUAUUACAACACCUCAAGAGGUCGCCCUUUUAGAUGUUCGGAAGGAGGUUGAUUUCUGUCGGAAACUAAACAUAAACAUACUGGGUGUUAUAGAAAAUAUGUCCAUUUUUGUAUGCCCUUGCUGCCAGCGACAAUCGGAAAUAUUUCCUGCAACCACUGGUGGGGCACAACGCAUGUGCAAUGAAUUCAAUAUUCCCUUUUUGGGAAGUUUGCCUUUAGAUCCUAAAUUGGCCAGAUGCUGUGAUGAGGGCAAAGAUUACUUAACCGAGUUACCAGGUUCUCCUGCUAUGAAAGCUUUGACUUCAAUUGUUGAUAAUAUUAUGAGUGGGUGUACCGCUUAGUAUUUAUUUAUUUAUGCGAUUAUAGUUUUGUAAUAAAAAUAUUUGUAAAAGUGUGA